CUGCAGGAUCUCGCAGAGAUUUAAUGAAUUCUUAUUGAGUUGUUGGUAUUAUAUUUUUUCUUGUGACUAAAUACACAAGAUCACUGGCCUGAAAUGUAUCACAAAUGACUGGAAGGUCACAUAUAUGGUUUAUAAAAUAAGUCACAAAAUAUAUAGGGAAGACCAGGGUUAGUUUGCACACUUAUAUAGCCUACUCUAUACUGUUUUAUGUAACUCAACACAUAAAACUCCUGGGCUGACACAGCUGAAUGGGAAUCAAAAAAUAUAAAUAAAUGCACCGACAUGACAGCCUACUUUUCAACGCCAUACAUAGGCUAGAGUGGAAGAUUAGAAAAUUUCAUUAAAGUGGGGGUGGUGGGGUCUCAUUAAGGUUUCACUUUAGUCGUGACGUAAGCAACUCACGAGCUCAGACCCUGCGUGUCCCACCGCGAGCUCAAAACAGACGCAGCGCGCGCUCCGAGCUGCAGCACGCAGAACGGAGCUCCUCUCUGCUGCUUGAGACUGCAAAGACAAAAGCCGUUUCGGAUAACAUCAAGAGCAGAAAACAUCUGUGUGCAUCAUGAAGUUUGCUGCUUUAGUCUGCUUGGUUGUUUUCUUCGCUGCAGAUGGAGGGUCCAUACCAGUUGAGCAGGACAGCCAAAGAGAGGACCUGCUUACCCAGUGUUUAGUUUACAUCCUUUCAAAGGCGCUGUAUAAGACCGAUGAUGCUCCGCUGCAUCCAGAAUGCAAAAACAUCCUUACACCAGGAUCAGGUCAUUCCUCAGUUGUGAAAAAGGAGGAAGACACUCUAAAACCGGCUCAAGAGGAGCUUAAAAAACCAAGAGAAGAGUCUAAAGUUAAGGAGGAGGAACUCAUAGAGGAUCUUCUCAAAGCUGACAAACGGGAGGAGCUGGAUGACGAACGUAGCCAGGAAGAGUUCCCAAGUUUUGUUAAAAGAAGAAUCAAAGACAGGCGUGAGGAAAUGGAUGAUGAACGUAGCCAGGAAGAGUUUCCAAGUUUUAUGAAAAGAAGAAUCAAAGAAAAACGUGAUGAACUGGACGAUGAACGGAGCCAGGAAGAGUUCCCAAGUUUUAUGAAAAGAAGAAUCAAAGAAAAACGUGAUGAACUGGACGAUGAACGGAGCCAGGAAGAGUUCCCAAGUUUUAUGAAAAGAAGAAUCAAAGAAAAACGUGAUGAACUGGACGAUGAACGGAGCCAGGAAGAGUUCCCAAGUUUUAUGAAAAGAAGAAUCAAAGAAAAACGUGAUGAACUGGAUGAUGAACGAAGUCAGGAAGAGUUCCCAAGUUUCUAUAAAAGAGGCAACAAGCAUAAAAGAGAAGAUCCUGAUGAUGAGAGAAGCCAAGAGGAAUUUCCUCAAAAAAGAAAUUUUUCCGUCCUUUACAAGCGUGAUAAUCCCGAUGAGGAGCGCAGCCAAGAGGAUUUCCCUCUAUAUGAAUAUAAAAGGAGUCGUCUUCAGACCAGCAGAGAAAAACAUGAAGAGCCAGACUAUGAUAGAAGCCAAGAAGAUUUCCCAAGUUUCACCCACAAAAGAAACCAUGGGGAUGGAGAAGAAGAGGACGAGGAGAGUGAGGAAAGAGAGAAGCGGAUCUGGAAGCCAUCACAUAGAUACCACCACAAGAAAAAGCACCACAAACGCAAUGAGAAUGAGGAUUUUGAAGAACCAUACUAUGAUAGAAGUCAAGAAGACUUCCCAAGCUACGGCCAAAAAAGGAGUCAUUGGGAUGGUGGGCACUACAAGCCAAACGAACACUUGCUGAACGAGCAACUUAAUGAGGACUUAAACUCUCAGGAAAAGAGAUCUGAAGAAUCAGAAGAGGUAGACGAGGAUAUCGCAAAGCGAUACUGGAAACCCACCCAUAGAUACCACCAUAAGAAACACCACAAACGGGACUCAUCUGAAGAGGAUAAUGAGGAAAGACCCCUGGAAAAAAGGAAUGAGGACUCAGAGGAGAGUGAGGAAAUGGAUAAAAGGAUCUGGAAGCCCACACACAGAUAUCAUCACAAGAAGCUUCAUCACAAGCGUGGCGACUCCAUAGAGCUUGAGGAUGAAAAUGAACCCAUCUCAGAGAAGACUCACAGUCUCCAUGACUCAACAGACAACGCCUUCAAGCGCCAUUCUCCUAAAGAGGAAAAACAGGAAAUUGUCCAUGAGCUUAAUGAAAAGAGGCAUCCUUUAACUAGCCAAGAGGAAGAAGAUGAGCUGAAGAAAGGGCACCAGAGUUCAGCAGAGGAGAAGCAGGACAGGGAGGCUGCAUUGAGGUACCUAACCAAAAAGAAGAAUGAGUUACAGGAACGUCUACUUAACAAAGGUGAUGUCUAUGAGAAGCGUUCCCCAUGGAUUUACAGAGGAUACUACCAUCCAGCCUGGUACAAAAGAGGCCAUAAUGUGGCUGAAAGUACUGACCAGCACCCCUACCAUAAACUAGAGGACCUCGCCGAGACUCUCCGGUACAAAAGAGGUCUACUUACUCAGGAGGAGUCACCCCAGGAGGAAAAGGGUGUCCCCCAACAGAAGCUUCUCACACCAGAGGAGGAACUUGAGAAACUGGCCUCUGUGGAUCAACAGAUGAAAGAGACAACUUAAUCAUUCCUAGAACCAGCUGAAACAUCAUCUUCUUACGCUGCCUGAAUUGAUUUUCAGUACGCUUUAUGUGUGCUUACUUGGGCUGCUUUAGAUGAAUGAAUUAUUAUAUGUCGUACCUGAUUACAACUGCAUUAUACUUGUUAUUAGUGUAAAUCAGCAUUUAAUGUGAGAGUCUUAGAAGCAAGACAGUCUAUAAAAGGAAAAAAAAAAGCUUGAUAAUGUCAUAUGCAUCAUUUUUCUCUUUAUUACAUUCUAAAAUAACAUAAAAAAAAACAAAAUGACCAAGUACUAUUGACUGCAAAUUUGACCGCAUGUUUGAGCAUGCUACUUUACAACUGUAAAAAAUUACUGUUGUUCUUUAUAACCUUCAACAGAACCUCUGCUUACUUGAUUGUUUGCAUUUAAUAAAAUGUGUAAUUAUGGGACCAAA